AUGGACGCAAUCCUUGCUGUGUUUGACAGGGACGGAGAUGGUAAGAUCGACUUCAAGGAGUUCCAGGACAUAGUCGGCAGCUACCUUCUCCCGCCCUCCACCGACGGGAUGAGUCUGAGCUUUCAGUUAGACCACAGGCCUCAGCGUCCGCAGGGAAGGAGGCCGAUCUCCAGGAGUGGGCUGACCACGGCCUGGAACAACAACUAUUGUCAGAUGCUGGAUGACGUCUCCCAGGAAACAAAACCCUUGCUAACUAGCAUCAUGCAAGGAAAGUUCUACUACGGGGACCGAUCUUCUCCUCAGUGGCGCAGAGCUGAUCGCAGCAGAAGCGAGAUCGACAACUCGAGGAUGCAGCCCCUGAUGAAGUCUCUGCUAGAGGGCGAGUUCUACAUCCCCAAGGAGAGGAUCAAGACCCAGUCAACGAGCACCAGGACGAACUUCAUAGCUCAGAAUCGCAGGAAGACAAUGAGGAGUGCAACAAGCAAUAGUAGCAGGAUGCGGAGUCUAAUCCGCGAUUCGAGCCUAAUGGGUGUUGCAGUCUAA